AUGAACCUUCAAAAUGGUGUCGCACACCUUGCCCAAGAACCUCAACUGUACACGUUCGGGGAUGAACCAUGGACCCAGGGAGUAGCUCAUUCAUUUGAGGUUGGACUUGCCGCCUCUGACGGCAACGAACCUUCCGAGGUGACCAGAUGCAUCGCAGCCAUCCGACUUGUUCAGUCAGACCAGGAGAGACUGGAUAACUUCCGAGUGCAUUCUCCAAGACUUUACCAUCGGCUUCUCCACGAAGAAGCGGCUCAGUUGCUUCCCCGUCCAGAAACUGGCAUGACUGCCGGGUCGCUGCGUUUCGUCAUCCGAUUCCUGAACGGGACGAUUGACCUGCAAGGCAACAAAGAAAGACAGAGUUCUAAGUUUCUCAUGUGGCUGGCACAAAUUUGCAUCACCCUGUGGAAGUACGACUGCAAUAGACAGUUGUUUGUGGACCUGGAAGAACGCGUCCAUGAAUUCGUAUGUAACGACAUUUUUCAGCCCUCGGAAAAUGACGCGGCGUAUCUUGCGAUCAUCGCGUUCGUUCUUGGUGGACGUAUGAACGACAAACUGCACGAGUAUGUCGAUGCUGUGGUGUGGCACUCGAGGGCCGACUUUGCGUCCGUGAUAUCACCCUUGCGGAGAGUGAUCAUCCGCGAGCGACAGGCACUGCUGGAAGUUAUUUUCGGUCGGUUUUGCCAGAUCCUGACCAGUCUGGCGUACAGCGACGAUGUCCGAAUGAGAUCUCUAGGAGAGACACUGCAUAAAGGCUUCCAAAAUGCCACAAAUCCGCAGAUGGAUUUUGGCAAGCCAUACGCCCACUCGCGCCAUAUCGACUGCGCAAGAUACCCGGAGAUCCUCCAGACAAGGCUAUUCGACGCCUUGGGUUCAGAGCGCACAAGGUUGAUGGACAGAGCACCGAGUAUUGCGUCGAACCACUCAGACACGAGCAGCAAGCCGAUCAAGCAGGAGCUUACACGAUUGGGGGGUGGGAUUCCCGCGAUCAAAGGCUUGACAAGGAAGGUCACCGGGAUGAAUCAAGAGUCUCCUCCGCCAUCUAAAAGGCCCGCCGAACGCAUAACCGCUAUCAUCGCGGAAUCAGAGAAAAUAAUAGGCGAUAGAAGGGAGAGGAUAGAAGACGCAGUGAAGGAGUUGAUAGAAGACAGGGAUGACAGAUAUGAUAGAGGUCUAGGGCGCCCUUCUGCUGAAGAGGGUCAGAUGGAGAUACAGGGACUGGUCCAACGGAAGGAUCUUCCACAUGAGUUAUGA